AGCGGCCACCGAUCCAAAACAUUCCAUCGGACCUGCAGCGAGAAGCACACACACUCUCGCUCUCCCUCCGAUCCCGACCAGCAGCUGCUCAGUGUAAUUUUGCGUAUUUUUAAGCGCCUGUGUGUAUCUCUUUUCGUGUCCAUUUUUGCGGGAUCAAUUGAUAAGAUUAGAGCGGGAGCUGCUGCUGAAAGUGAUAAGUGGUGUAUCGGGUUCGGGGCGACCGGUUGCCUCACGACUCGGCGUCAGUGAGCAAAGAUCAGUUUAGGCAACGAGUUGCAUGAUCCUUAGUUUAUCGUUCGGACUACGUACGGCACAAGAUGAGCAAAAUGUUGAACGAAAUCUGUGAUAUGCUGGACGGAUAUACCGGCCGAGAUAAGAUUAUUCGCACACUAUGCUACACCACAAAGCUAGCUUCGGGGCUGUAUGCACAGUCCGACCCGGGGCGUGCCAAAAAACUGGCCAUAUUUAGCUCGAAAAUGUCCCAAACACGUGCAACGCUGCGCUUGUUCGACGAUUUGCCCAUGCUGGCGUACAGUCUGAGCUACGGCUGUGGCAGCAAGGAGCCGGACCGCUGGAUGGGUCUGAUCGGGUUCGUCACGAAUCUGAUCGAUCACGCGUACUACCCGGUGGACAAGAUCUGUUGGCUGAUCGAGCACAAUUUGCUGAACGUGGAGAACCCAACCCGGUGGGACACGAUCAACUCGAUGCUAUGGGUCGCAUCGAUUUACCUCAAUCUGAUGAAAACCAUCCGGAGCUUCACUGUGAUGGAACAGCAUAAAUCAUGCAUCGAUAAAAAGGAAAAUGAAAGCAGCCAAGCGUUCCGCAUGUUGCUGAUAAAACAGCGCAUGGAGGCGAUAUCGAUAUUGCGGCUGUCGCUGGAUCUGGUUCAUGCCGGCAGUACCCUGCCCAAGGGUAUGCUUUGGGGGGGCCGUUUCCAAACAUGGCACGUAGGACUGAUUGGUAGCAUUUCCUCGCUGCUGGGACUCUACCAGUAUGUGGCGAAGAAGCGAAUCGUUAAGCAGAGCUCCUAGGCGACUACCUUCGCAUACGAACACAACACCUCCAUCCAGACGGCGAUCGAUUGCGUGCCCACCCGAGAAGAGUGUAGCGAACAUUCAUUUACAUCUAGAAGAACUGCUUUCAUUUGGCUUUCCCGAAGGGACCUCUUAAUGGAUAAGAUAUAUAGGUCAGGAAAAACGCACAUCUACUUUUGCCUUAAUAUGGAGUUUAAAGCUAAAUGUAGAACCAUUACCUUUUAGUUAAUAAUUAUUUAGAUUAUACGGGUUCUGCAAUUGUUCGCUGUAAGAAAAAUAUGCUAAUGUCUUUUGUAAGAAAAAAUGCAACGAAACAAAACUCUAGUCAGUUAUUUGACUUGUAAAUAAAUCUUUUAUUU